UAUGUGAGUUGAAAAUCACAACUUGACCCUUUGAUGUUUUAAUGAAGGGACGGUGUCUGUAAACAGUGGACUGCUUCUCCAGAACCUCGGCUGGAUUGUUCCUGUUCUGCAGAUCCAGACAUCAUGAGUCCUAAACACACGGUUUUUAAGAAGGUUUCUCGGGACAAGUCGGUCACCGUCUACAUGGCCAACAGAGACUUUGUGGACCACUUGGACUUUGUGGACCCGGUCGACGGAGUGGUGGUGAUCGACCCAGUGCAGCUCAAAGGAAGGAAAGUGUACGUCAUGCUGUCGUGCACGUUUCGCUACGGCCGUCAGGACGUGGAUGUGAUGGGCGUGGCCUUCAGGAGGGACCUGUUCCUGGCGACGCGGCAGGUUUUCCCUGAGCUGCAGGACAAAGAACGACUCGUUCACACUAAGAUCCAGAGGAAGCUGCUGCGAAAGCUGGGAGACAACGCUUUCCCCUUCUUCUUUGAGUUUCCAGACAACCUGCCGUGUUCUGUAGCUCUGCAGCCGGGACCGUCUGACGAGGGGAAGAAAUGUGCUGUGGAGUUCGAGGUGAAGGCUUUUUGUGGUGAAACCCUCGAAGAGAAGUUUGACAAACAGAGUUCGGUCCGUCUCGGCAUCCGUAAGAUCCAGUUCAGCCCAGGGAACAGCGAACUGGUCCCAGUAGCAGACACCACCUUCGAGUUCCUGAUGUCUGACAAACCCCUGCAUGUCAAACUGAGCCUGGCCAAAGAGACGUUUUACCACGGUGAACCGGUCACCGCCAGCGUGGAGAUCAACAACUCCUCCAACAGGAGCGUCAGAGGCAUCAGCCUCUCAGUGGAGCAGGUGACCAACGUGGUUCUGUACUCCAACGACAAAUACGUCAAAUCUGUGGCCAAAGAAGAGACUGACGACUCGGUUGCCUCCGGUACCAACCUGAGGAAGGUUUACUCCCUCUACCCUCUUCUGGCUCACAACAAAGAGCGAAGAGGAAUCGCUCUGGACGGACGCCUCAAACAUGAAGACACUAACUUGGCCUCAUCCAGCAUUGUGAAGCAGGAGGUGCUGAAGGAGGUGCAGGGCAUUCUGGUCUCCUAUAAGGUGGUUCUGAGGAUGAUGGCUGCUGGGAUGAUUGGAUCCAGUGAGCUGUCUCUGGAGGUUCCUUUUAGACUGAUGCACCCCAAACCUGAACCAGCCAGAGACGGGGACGCUGAUGAAAUGGUCUUUGAGGAUUUCAAACGCGCGUACCUGAAGGGGGUCGUCUACGGGGAUGAUGAGGAGUCUCCCACGGAGGCCUGAGACCGGACCCAGCUGCCCCUGUGGUCCAGC